UAGUCAGCUGACUGUGAGUCGACCAUAAAGGCAACACGCAGCUCCGCCGCCUGCAUUGCAGUGAUCUCCACUCCCCCAGUCAUCUUCACCCAGCGGAGGAACAGAAACACCUGAAAACAGCGCAGUCAUGCUGCUUCUAACGCUGCUCUUCGUGUGCACAGCUGCAGCAACACCUCUGCUGGGCACUGAGCAGUGUGCUCGUGGCCCCCUCUACUGGUGUCAGAAUGUAAAGACUGCGUCUCUGUGUGGAGCUGUGACUCACUGCCAGCAGAACGUGUGGAACCAGCCUCAGAUGAAAACUGUGCCAUGUGAGUUGUGUAAAGAGGUGUUGAUGGUGGUGGAGCAGCUACUGAAGGACAAUGCCACUGAGAGUGAGGUCCUUGGGUAUCUGGAGAAGGCUUGCCAGCUCAUCCCUGAUAAAGCUUUGACUGCUGAGUGCAAGGAGAUGGUGGAUGACUAUUAUCCCAUCAUCAUGGGAAUCGUUACUGGAGAACUGGAGGAUCCCAGUGUAGUGUGUGGUGCCAUGGGGCUGUGUAACUCUCAGCAGGCAGCUCUGGCCAAGGUUGAGGCCCAGCAGCAGCAGCUUAUGUCCAAUGACAUCCCUCAGGUCGACCUUGCCCAGCCACUGACUCCUUUCCUCCUCAAUGUGCCCGGGCUCCUCUAUCCUCAGGAGAGUCCCAAGCAGGAGGUCGUCAAACAGGAGACUCCAAAACAGAAAGACGAUGAGGUGUGCCAAGACUGCAUUAAGUUCCUCACUGAUGCUCAAGCAGAAGCUAAGGCCAACUCCUCAUUUACAGACUCUCUCAUUGAGAAUAUUGAGAACCAGUGUGACAAGCUGGGGCCAGGCUUGUCUGAAAUGUGCAAGCAGUAUGUCUCGAGGUAUGGCACCCUUGUUGUUGAGCAGCUCAUGUCCAUGCAACCCAAGGACAUCUGUGUCCAUGUUGGCUUCUGUACUGCUGCUCUGAAGAAGGUUAUUCCCAUGCUGAAGCUUCAGGCUGCCAAGACUCUGUCCGCGGCCAAGACUCUACCUGCUCUCAAGAUGGUCCCUGCCACCAAGCUGGAGUCUGCUAAGUCUUCCAUGGUGCGUGUCAGCGAAUCCCCAACCUGCACCAUCUGUGAGUUUGUGAUGAGGCAGCUGGAGGAAACGUUGAAGGAUGAGAAAACAGAGGAGGAGGUGAUUCACGCUGUGGAGAAGGUGUGCACAUACCUGCCCCACACUCUGACUGCCCAGUGUAAGGACCUGAUCGAGACCUACGGCCAGGCCAUCAUUGAGCUGCUGGUGCAGCAGGCUGACCCCAAAACUAUCUGCACAGUGCUGGCUCUGUGCAAUGAGGCCAAACGUGCAUAUGUCCCUGCACUCGACCAGACUCUCUUCAAGGCUGGUGGCUACUGCGAUGUUUGCAAGAUGGCCAUUAAUUACAUUGACGGGAUUCUGGAGAAGAAUGCUACAGAGGAACAGAUAAAGGAGGCUGUGAGGAAAGUGUGCAGCUUCCUGCCUGACUCUUUCCAGACUGAGUGUGAUCAGAUGAUUGUACAGUACGAGCCAAUGCUCGUCCAGCUGCUGCUCCAGAUGCUCGACCCAGACUUUGUGUGCAUGAAAUUGGGAGCCUGUCCUGAAGCUGUGCGCAGGCUGUUGGGAACAGAGCAGUGCAGCUGGGGACCUGGAUUCUGGUGCAAAAACAUGGAGACAGCUUCACGGUGCAAUGCUGUGGCUCACUGCAAACGUCAUGUGUGGGUAUAGAGGAAGACCAGCAAUAACUCACCUGUAGGGAAUAAAAGAGAAAUAAUAUGGCAGUGCUGUUUCCCUGUUUUUAAAUUUGUUUCUUUUUUAAUAGACUUAAAUUACUUCUGUUUAAACUUUUGAUAUUUUCAAUGAUGUCAUGGAGAAAAGGGACUGAAAUUAGUUUUUGGGGUGGGGGAUGGGGAGGGAGUGAUUUGUCUAUAGUGGCCUGCAGCUCAAGCGUCUGAGCACAUUUAGUUGUUAUAUUUCCCUACAUUGCUUGUUGAAAGUUGUGUCUUUGUGUGUGUGUGUUUGUGUGUGAGAACACAAAUUAAAGUUGUUGGCUACGCAUCAGCUGUCCUGCUGUGUCUUCAGACCCCCCCCCAGCUGUUUUCUUAUCCUUUUCCCUGGUGAAACCCCUCAUGGAGAGAUGGCUCAGUGUGUUAAUAACGGGCAUAACUUUUAGUAGGAAGUCUGAUCUUUGAAAUAAAUUUCUAUUUGCAGACAAAAAUGCAUUAAUGCAAAAAGCAUCUCAAAUUUGAUUUUUCUGCUUCAAAUUCUGAGCAAACUGUCCAUUAAAUCUGUACAUUUUUAACAAUUAAAAUGAUCCCAAUACA